AAAAAAAAAUUCUAAAAAAGAAAAAGAAAAAAAAAGGUAUAAAUGAGCUUGGUGGAGGAAUGCUUGUCACCUACUCAUAUAAGCUUCCAAUCUCCACCUUCUUCUCUCUCACAUUAACUUUUGUGCAAAAAAACACACCUCACGCAAAGUUCACCCCUUACUCUUACAAAAUUCUCAAAAAUAAAUAAAGUACUCAAAUGUAUAAGCUUUUAGCUUAAUUUAUAUACUAUUUCAAAUUCAAUUUCCCCUGUUUUUUUUUUUUUUUUCUUCCUUACUCUGUUUUUAGCUUGAUUACUCUGUUUCUAAACAAGAGGAACAAAAAAUGGAGAGACAUAGAUGUAAACUUUGUUUAAAGAAGUUUGCAAAUGGGAGAGCUUUAGGAGGGCACAUGAAGUUUCACAUGCUUAAUCAUGGUAUCGCUUCGAAACCCGACUCACCACCACCACCACCACCUAGUUGCGAAACCGUGUCGGAGACUGAAUCUCCACCACCAUCGUCUGUGUCACACUUUUUAUCAUCAAGUGAUUCAGAACACGAAGACGAGGUUGAAUUUGCAACUCGUGGUGAUGAUGAAUUUAUAGUCGUUGAGCCAACUGGAUCAUCGUCACUUGUUACUUUACAAGAUAGAGAAAGUGAGACGGAGUCGUUUAUGAAGAAGAAUCAUCCUACUCGAAAGCGAAGAUCAAAGCGGAUUCUUCAGAAACCGGCUUCUUCAACUUCGUUUGAUUAUCACUACUUUCAUCAUCAUCAUCAACAACAACAACAACAUUAUGUUCAAGGUGGUAGGAAUAAAUCGAGUGGUUCGAGUGCGGUUGAUGUUGAGGCGGACCCACCAGGUAGCUCGAUCACGGAAGUAACUUCCGAUGAAGACUUAGCCUUCUGUCUCAUGAUGAUGUCUCGUGACAAGUGGAAUAGCUCAGUUGGUAAGCGUACUACUGCAACAACAACAACAACGAUGAAGAACAGCAAUAAUAACAAGAAGAUGAAAUAUAAGUGUGAUACAUGUAACAAAGGUUUUAGAUCGUACCAAGCAUUAGGGGGUCACAGAGCGAGUCAUAAGAAACUUCGAGUUAAUGAAUCUGAGCAAAGUGCUGAUUACACUAACGAAGACGAAAAUCGAGUGGAUGAUGGAUUGGAUUCGAUGAUAAAGAAGGUUCAUGAAUGUCCAAUUUGUCUAAGAGUUUUUGCUUCUGGACAAGCUCUUGGUGGUCACAAAAGAUCUCAUGUUAUAGUUUCGAAUAAUGGGGUUGAUCAUAACAACAACUUACUUGAUAAUAGUAAGAUAACCAAGAUUAUUACUCGUGAUAGUUUGAUUGAUCUUAAUCUUCCUGCAUCUGUUGAAGAUGAAGAUGAAGAUGAUUCAGCUGUUUCUGAUGUUCAUUUCUGAUCAACAAAAUUUUUAAAAGUCAAAAGGUAAUUUUUAUUUUUAUUUUUAAACAAAAAGAUUAGUAUUGAUCAACUUUAAUUAGCAUUGUUUUGCUAGUAGUUGAGUUUAUCAUAUGACUUAGUCAUAUUUUUUUUUUUUGAAGGGUUGCAACAAAUUUGUUUGAUCUUUUGUCUGUAAUUAUCAAUUACUACUACUAUUACUAGUACUAUUGAUGUUAUUGAUACGACUGUCUCAUUACUAUUAAUGUAAUCGUGAAAAACAUAUUUAUCUAGCCAGGUAGGGUUAAAUUUUCGAAAAUCGAAUCAUAUUAAUUAGUUAAGUUACUACAUUAGUAGUGGUAUGUAGUUCAGUUUCAUUUGCUAAUUAAGUUUGGCUUUAAGUAAUUUUAUUAGUAUAGUUGAGAUUUGUUUAAGCUUAAUGAAGUUGAAGAAGGACUGUUCCUAGUUUCCAGCUGUUUUAGCUAACUGCCUCUCCAAUUAGUUUAUUCCAACUA